CCCGCCGACCGAGCAGCCUCAGUGGCGUCUGUUGAAGCCGCGGCGGCCCUCACUGUGGCAGUCGCUGUCUGCUGCCCGGGGAGGCGGGAAAAGAGCGAGCGGCAGAAAAACGCAGCCGCCGCCGCCGCCUCUCUGGGCUCUCGCCUCCUGACACUUGCAGUUCGAUUGCUCUUUCAUCGAUUGACUGAGCCUGCCCGGCCUAAGACCGCCCUGUCCCUUGUGAAUGGUAGAAUGGGCCGCUGCCGCUUUCCCCUUUCCACCAGUAGUCUCGCAGGAAGAGCAAUAAGAGCCAGGCGGGAUCGACUGCUCAGGCCUUUCUGCAAAAUGGCCGCCAACGCAACGACGAACCCGUCUCAGCUGCUGCCUCUUGAGCUCGUGGACAAAUGUAUAGGAUCACGUAUUCAUAUUGUGAUGAAAAGUGACAAAGAAAUCGUUGGCACCCUCCUGGGUUUUGAUGAUUUUGUCAACAUGGUAUUAGAAGAUGUUACAGAAUUUGAGAUCACACCUGAAGGAAGAAGAAUCACAAAGUUAGAUCAGAUUUUACUAAACGGCAAUAAUAUAACAAUGUUGGUUCCUGGAGGUGAAGGACCAGAAGUGUAAAUACAUUCAUUUUGCUCUUGGUGAACUUCACUUAAAUGUUCUGAAGGGAUAUUUUGAGAAACAAUUGUGGGUUUGUUUUGUUUUUCAGGGUUUUUUUUUACAUUUCAAAGUUGAUAUUUGAAUAUAAAUAAGACUUUCCAUUUCAGGGAAAACAUGUCUUUAAUUUUGACUUUGUAUGUUGAAAUCAUGACUUUGUUGUAAUGGCAAAAUCUGCAGUUCACAGUAUUGGAAUAAAGAUUUUUUAAAUAUUA